CAUUCAUCAAGUUUGCAGGAAGAAAGAAGUGAAAGUGCAAGCAGUGGAAAAGAGAGAGUAAGAGGAGGACGAGUGCACGACACAAGGGCAGUGAAGGACACGUGAGAUAAGAAGCUUCAGGAUGUUUUGUGAUGGAAAGUCAGCGGCGUCCUUCUUCACCCGCGAUCCGCUGGAAUGACUCAUGAAUCACAAAAAGGGGCCGACGGCAGCAGGACGGCGAGAGCGAGUACGCGUCGACAAAGUGACGCGAGCACGAUGAAAUGCAAGAAAUGGGCGUCGGUGACGAUCGCGGACUUCUGCAGCUGACAGGAAAAGGAGGGAGGACCAGCACCGGGCGAAGAGGACUGACCACAAUAACAGGAAGAGGAAGUGGGCAGUGACCUGCCCACAGCUGUGCUUCAACACUUUUUGACCAGUGGAUGAGGAAACCACAUCAGAGGCGAUUGGUAUUUAAAGAGAGGAACAACCUGAGGAGUCGAUAAAGGUGGAAGGACAGCUGGUUUUUGUCUGUGGAAACUCUUACUGCAUCAUCUGGUCCAGAGAAGGAUUUCUAUAAACACCUGCUGCUCUCUUCACCAGGAGAACCAGGAGCUGGUCUGAGCCGCUCUGUCACAUUCAUAAAGAAGAACUUGGACUUUCUCCUGCCUGAUGAUGGCUCGGCUCCAGCUGUGGACGACGGGGAUUUUGGUCGCUAUAGCCGUGUCCAUCUCACUCGCUGUUGCUGAAGAUUCUGGCCUUUCUGUGGUGGGAGCAGAGACUCAACACCCCGCUGAGAUUGUGAAGAAGGAGUCUCAUCCUAUCCUGUUCAGGAGGAAGAGAGCGUGGCUCUGGAACUCCAUCUAUGUGGAGGAGGAGAGAUCGUACGACGUCCCCCUCAAGAUAGGAAAGCUGAGGUCGGACAAGCCAGUGACAGUGAAGAGCUUUGAAUUAGAAGGUGAAGGAGCAAACACCAUCUUCACUGUGGAUGAGAAUGGAGACCUGUAUGUCAAAAGAACUCUGGACAGAGAGGAGAAGAGCGAGUACCAUUUGACCGCCAAGAUGUACGACGGGAACCACAAGCUGAUAGAAGACGAUGGAGAGUUUGUUGUCCAGGUCUACGAUAUCAAUGACAACGCCCCCGUUUUCCCAGGAACGUACAAUGGAUCCAUUAAUGAGAGGUCCCCAAUAGGGAGUAAAGUAGCUCAGGUGAAGGCAACAGAUGCUGAUGACCCCACCACUGCUAACGGAGAUCUGAGGUACUCUCUGAUCCAGGACUACUCUGCCUUCCAAAUCAACGACGUCACAGGUGAGAUUACCUGCAGGGUGAACACUCUGGACCGGGAAACCAGGAGUCAGUAUGUGGUGGUGGUUAAAGCUCAGGACUUGAGAGGAAGGGACACUGGCAGCACAGCCACUACCUCCGUCACCAUCAACGUCGAGGACAUCAACGACAACAUAGCGUCUUUCACGAGAAGGACGUACGAGCUGCAGGUUCCAGAGAACCACAGGUUGAAUGAGAAGAUCGACACUCUGGAGUUGGAGGACAGAGACGAGAAACAGAACAAACAGCCCAGAUUCACCAUCCCCAGUGACACGUUCUACAUCAAACUCAGCCGCAAUAACGACGGCGACGUCAUGCUCAAAAAGGAACUGGACUACGAGACAAAAAACUCGUACAGUUUCACCGUCCAGGUGCGAGAAAACCUUGCAAACCUGCGUUUUCCUGCCGACAACGUGAACAGUGCUGUCACCACGGCCCAGGUAAACAUCAAGGUGUUGGACGUGGACGAGCCGCCGUCAUUCACCCAGCCCAUCUAUCAUUUCACUGUGGAGGAGGAACGGAUGGUGACCAACAUAGGAGCGGUCACAGCCAUAGAUCCUGACGAACCCAAGAAACGCAUACGCUAUUCCAUUUUAGACGGGAACUGUCCGAUCAUCAUCAACCCAACAACGGGUCAGCUGUCCACCCGGGAGAAGCUGGACAGAGAGCUGGAGGCCACACACGUGUUUCAGGUUAAAGCUCAGGAGGAGCCAAAUGGUCUGGAGUCAUUUGUGAAAGUCAACAUCACCGUUAAGGACAUCAACGACAACAAACCUGAACUGAGCGUGGACGAGAUCUUCAUAUGUGAGAACGACCACGUCGGCACGGUGAUAGGAACCUUGAGAGCCACAGAUAAAGACGACCAACCAGCUUCGUUCACUUUCAGCCUGAACAACGAGAGCUCCAACUUCUCCAUCAGAGACUAUGGCAACAACACGGCGGACCUCGUCGUGAAGAUGGGGCCGUUCAGCAUGGACGAUCCGCAGGAUUACAGCGUGGACGUGCGCAUCAGUGACGGUGGACGACCCGUCCUGACCAGCGUCACCAAACUGGCGAUCAAGUCUUGUCGGUGUGACGCCAACCGGAUUAUCACGCAGUGCAAAGCCAGCCCGGUGACGAUGGGAGUGAGCGUCCAGGCCCUGAUCGCCAUCCUGCUCUGCAUACUGACCAUACUGGUCAUAGUGAUCCUGUUUGUGAUGAGGAAGCGUUACCAGAAGGACUCUCUGGUCAGCAUGAAGCACAGCGGCGAGAUUCACGAGCAGCUGGUCACGUACGAUGAAGAGGGGGGAGGAGAGAUGGACACCAACGGCUAUGACGUCUCAAUCCUGUCUUCCGCUUGCCACGAUGGCUCCCUCCUCCGUCGCCCGGACCACCACCCGCACCCCUCUCUCUACGCCAGGGUCACGAAAAACCCUCAACCCACCGCGUGCAAGGGCGACAUGGCCGUGAUGAUCGAGGUGAAGAAGGGCGAGGCGGAUCACGACAGAGACGGCUUCCCGUACGACACCCUGCACAUCUACGGCUACGAGGGACCCGAGUCUUUAGCCGGCAGCCUCAGCUCUCUGGACAGCUCGUCCACCGGUUCGAACUUGGAUUACGACUUCCUUAACGACUGGGGGCCGAGGUUCAGGAGCCUGGCCGAGCUGUACGGUGUGGACGGACCCGAGUACUACCAUCAGUACUGAUGGAUGAUGAUCGUCUGCUAAUUAACAUAUGCCAAAAUACACACAGCCAUAGAAAUACACUCAGCGUGGCGUAAAGAUUCACAUUCACACACACGACAAAGACAAACGGCCCAAUCCAGUCAAUCCAUUCUCUUGUCGAGUCUUCCCAGUCUGCUCACUACCAGUUAUUCAGUAAACGAGUGCUCCAUCAAACGAGGCCAAUCACGGAGCUUCUAUUGUCACGUUGCCGUUUGCCUCCUCCAAUCACACGCCGGAAAGAUUUUUACCAUGACGCCACAGGACAGAACUUCACAGACGUGCGAGAGGACUGAUUGUUGGUGACAGCGUGCAGGUGUUUUAUUUCUACCUGAGAAGAUCUUUACAUCCACCAAUCAGAUGAAACUCCACUUCAGUCUGUAGCCAAUCAUCUUGGAUAUCAUGGGUUAAUGAGUUCACUGCUGGCCAGCGAUGUUACUCACUUAUUUAAAUUCUUAACGCAGCACCAUUUUGCAUCCCCCCCUUUUAAAAAAAUAUCCAGGUAAAAGUUUAUAUCUCGUCGCUCAUUAGAACAUUUGAGAUUUAACAUGAAGUGAGGUUUUAUUUCCAUCCCGUGGGGAUGCAAAAUGGUGCAUGUCAAAGCAUUUUUGUCGUACCAUCUCGUCUCACUCGGCUCUUUUGGUAUCGUCGGCCUGUAAUCUCGUCUAACUUUGAUGUCUUGAGAAGAAGAAGGUGAUUAUCAUUUCUGAUCCGUAGUCGGUGAUUUGAUUUGUGAAUCUAAUCUAAUUAUUGUUUGAGCAGCCACGAGAGUUUUAACUCAAAGAUUUGUGAUCACAGCGAGAUGCCGGCUGUGUCUGCUACAUCCGAAACACUAAAAAAAGGGAAGUUAAACUGGAAAACUCACUCCGUUCAUCAGCCUGUCAUGUCCAGUUGGUUAUUUUGUGAUAAACCCAUUAUUGAAAGUCCAUGUUCACAGUCAUCCUCUGCUCUGAGAUAAGACAACAGGCAGACAGAGAGAAAGGAAAUGACAGUGCAGCAGCUCGGCAGCAUUACAGCGCGUUCCCAGGGUUUAUUUGACAGAACCUAUCAUCACAGUUAUUGUUGCGAUGAAAGCUCAAUUCUCGGAGGCUUACGAGAACAAAAAGUCAUCCCGACUACUCAGGAAACGCCGAGUGGCAGAAGCAGCUCUUUGGGCUCUGAGGUGGCUUCAAUAACUUUAACCUUUGUCUGUUUGGCUACUGUCCGGGCACAAACUCUCCCAUCCUGAAUCCUGGAAGCAAAAGGCACCGAGCUUGUGAAGCGAUUAAACGUUCGAUUUUUUGUUGAUUUACUGACAGUUUCAGCUCUGUUGUGAGUUGUCCCAAAUAUAUUUUGGUCAUCAGGGUUGGUUGGUGCACAGUAUAUCCGCUGACAAUGUAGAUAAACUGUUUGAUCGGCAAUCGACCAAGAACUCUUGAAGUAAUGAAGGUUAUGGAGAUAAAGAAGUGUCAUACAGGUAAAAGGAGUUCUCGUGUAGCUGGUGAUGAAACAUUUGAACAUGCUGAAGAAGACACAGCUUCAUUCUUGUGUUUUUUUAAUGUAGUUUGAUUCUAGUUGUUUAUUUGCUCUCAUAUUUAUUCUGUUUUGUCUGGACUUGAACUUGUUUCUUUAAAACUCCGGCCUGUCAUUGGAUAAACGCUGCAUACAAUAGCUGGAAGCGCUCUCAAUGCUUUCCUGUUGGGUUCAUAUAUACUUAGAGCAGCCGGUUCCUCCGACCUCACUCUCAGUCUUUCUCUCGUCGUAUCUCUGCCGCACCGUCUCAACCUCUAAUCAGCUAAACCAAACAGUGGGGGUCAACUUCCUGUCCAUCUGGGGCGUUUGCGCCCGCCCCUUCCUGUCCGUGUUAUCUCUCUCGUGAGCGCACACAUUGUGCUCGCUUCCCGUCAGCCCAGCCUGGGAAACAAUCUUGGAGAGGAAAAGGGCAGAGAAACAUGGGAUGAGGUUUAGAAGAAAGAAAAGAUGAAGAGAACAAUGCGGAGCGCUGAUGAGUUUUCCAGCUGAGCUCAAACACUUCAGAUGUGUGUGAUGAAACGCCGAGACACGGCGUUAACAUCUCUGUGCAGCAACCUUCAGAGAUCAAUACGGGUUAUGCACAACUGAUUCUUUACGUUUUGAAGGUUUGCAUCACCGAGCAGACAACGGCUGGGUCGAAGAACACAAACUCACCGUGUGUUUGUUUGCGUGUCAUCAUUUGUAUUUUGUAUGUGCAGAAAAGAAGCAGCAGCAUGUAGCAGAUGAGCUGCUCCGUUAUCUCCUUUCCUAACAGCAAUAAGUGUUCAGUAAAAAUCUGGGAGAGGGAGGACGGCAACGAUUUUAUCCAGCAGUGUUUUCUACUCGUUUAGUUCUGUUACAAAACUGUAAGUAAAAAACAAACAAACAUAUAUAUCUACUUUUACACGUCUAGAGUCAUUACUCGAUCACGUUAAUUAAAAACAUCCGAAAUAUGAAGCUUAGAUGUUCGUGGUUAGUCGAGAUUCCAUUUUUGCCAAGUUGAGUUAAUAUCGUUAAAAAAAAAGUUUUAUCUUUUCAGUCAAACCGUGAAUCACUUUGGAUCCAGACAGUGAAGAUACAUCACACAAAGAAAAUCACAUGUAUCAAUGCCGGACCUUUAAAGGAUCUAACUGCAAUUUCUACUGUGCGUCCACUGAGGGUCACUUUGAGUGAAAUGUAUAUAUGGUUGGAAAAAAAUGUGCCUAAUAGUGAUUUUUCUGUUUUGAUUAUUGUUUUUGUUAAACUUGACACAAACUCUUUAAUACUGUAAAAAAAAGUUACAUUUUUUUCUACAAAUGGAAGAGAGUCGUGUUUGUAUUAAGUGUGUGUGUGUGUGUGUGUGUGUGUGUGUGUGUGUACAAUGUUUUUCUUGUGUAAAUACAUGAAGGGAAGCAACAUGUGCCUUUAUUCUUUGAAACAAAAAAAAAAUACUGUAACUCUCUGUUUGUUUUUCUUUGGAUGGCGAACACGAUGUUUUCUAUAUUGUUUUUAUGAUGUAUAGCAAAUACUUUUUAUUACCUGACUUUUUUUUGUAAGUGUAGAAUUCAAAAUAAACACUAAAAAAAAAAAAUA